GUUUCAAUUUCAACAAAUUGAACAAUUCUCAAUUGAUAUAACAGGCAGUGACAAGAUGUUGCGCUUUGUGUAAAAUGGUUGACAUUUGAUAGUGACAGUUGUUGAUGUUAGGGAAAUAAAAACUAUCGGUGUGUUUGUUUUGAUUUUACGAGUUAUUAAAUAAAUAUUUUGUAAAUAGUUGUCAUGUAGUGGCGGAUACUAUUUCCACAAAUACCCCCGACUUUGUAUAGUGCCCUCGUUAUACUUUUGUUUGUACCUAGUGUGUUUAUGCCUGUAUCAAGAUUAGUGAAAACAAAGGACUUGAAGAGAUGAAUGAAAUUGAAGCUCAAGCACAUGAGCUUUUACGUCAUCGAGAAUGGGUAAUGGCCUUAGAGCUCUUUGACCAAUUAAUAAGCCAAGCCAUAGCAAAAGGUGUUGCUAAAGAAAGAAUAGUUUUAUAUCUUUUGGGUCGUUCGGAGUGUUUUGUUGAACUAGGAAGGCAUGAAGCAGUAGUUUCAGAUUGUAGAAAGAUCAUUAAACUUCUAGAUGGAGGUAAUAGUGCCAAUAGUAAUGGAGCUAGAGUUUGGAAAAGGCUUGUACAUGCGUUGUUUACACUUCAAAGAUUUCAUGAAGCUGAAGCAGCAGCUGUUGAGUGGAUCGCUGCAAGUGGAGGAAUUACUGAAGCUGUAAGAUUACUUGAACAAGUUCGUAUGGUUUUACAAGUUAUUAACAAAAGAGACAUGAACAGACAGUUACAAUACCCUAGCUGUGGGGAGGAAAUGUUUCGGAGUGAAUUUCCUCCCGAAGUUUGGAAUGGGCACAAUUUGGAAGAAAUGAAACGGAACCGCAAACAUCCAGUAAAGCUCAUUGAAAGUAAUGAAUUGGAACAAUCUCAGUUAGCCCAGCUUGCCAGCUUAAGACUAAGCAAUCAUGAACAGUUUACAGUACAUCAAAACAUUGGAUUAACUUUCGAACAACAAUUUAAUGAACCUCCUGCAAUGUUAAUAAAACCACAGCAAGAUAAAGAACCUCCCUUGUCAUGCAUUUACUGUGGUCUAUGUUUCAGAAGUCGCUCAGAUUUGAAAUCGCACUGCAUGACGGAGUCUCAUCAAAGAGUGAUAAUGUCUGAUGAAGGUCGGGACUGGAAGUGGAGGCCGCCACCAAGGGGACACACUGUAGAGAAUUACGCGCUCUGUGAGAAUUGGAUUGAAUUAGGUACAUGCAGAUACGGAGCUCAGUGCGUGGAAGCGCAUGGCCCGGAAGAACUUGUAGAAUGGCGAGAAAGAUUUGAGUACAGAAGGAUGAAACUUCAACGGGCCAGCGAGAAGGAAUUGUACGGCAAAUCUUAUACAGAAGUACUCUUAGAAAGAUGGUCACAAACACCUGAGCCAGCUGAGGUGAUGAGAGAAAACUUAGAAGGAGUAGAAGACGCGUGUAGUUCAACACUUGGAGCAACGAUGUCUUCUAAGGAAAGUCGUCAUUCUUGGACCUUCACGCUAACUUGUCAAAAACCUCUUCGUGCUGUUGCUCUCUUACAGGAUACUUAUAGAAAUCACUUCUUUCUCACUAAAAUCACAACUUCAAAUGACAAAGGCGAUAAACUUCUAGACAUUGAUUUCAAGAGGGAACAAGAAUGGACUGAGUCAGAAGAGAUUUCUACUGCUGACUUACCGUUGGUUCAUCAUGUGACCGUAGUCUUUUCAACUGAUAUAUAUGGCACUUUUCGCCAGUCGAUAGUUUUUGAUUUCUUUUCAACUCCGGUACUCGUCAAGCAUCUCUGUGUUGAUGUUAUACCUGUCACUGAUGUGGAUAAAAUGAAAGAACUGAAAAAGGAAUUGAUAUUGUCAUCGGGAGAAAGAUGGAAUAAAGAAAAUAGCAUCAUAGUAACUUACAGUUCGAUAUCUAGUGAUGUUACUCAAGCAGAAUCUGAACGAGAAAGUGAACUCUUAGCUGCUUAUCCUCCCCCGAGCCCAGUCACAUUCACGCUGACCCAAGCUACGGUUUCCGAAAAGAGACCCACUAAGAACAAUUACAGGGCCAGGAUGCAUGAGCUUUUAUUUGUCGAAGAAAUGGCUCGAUACGAAUUGGUCGCUAAUUACAAUAUUCAAGCUAGGCUGCAGAUCGCAAAGAAUUACUUACUAUCGCCAAGUGGAGUGGCUGCUUCUACUGCUAAAUAUGCGCACAACGGUGAACUCUUUGCCCUAUUGAACCUUGGUAAGAAUGUCUCUGAAGAUACUUCAGCUGGCAGGCUUAUUCUCAACAACUGUACCACAGUCCUUAUUUCACCUGUGAAAUUUAAAAAUGAACAUAAAGAAGAACAAUUAAAUGAAAAAGAGGUAGAAGAGAAAAGAAUAGUUUACGAAGCAUUAAUUGAAGAUAAAGGAAAGAAUGUUGUAUAUCUCCGCCUCUCGGCUGCUACUGUUCAAGCACUUAAUCUUAAACCGGAGACCAAAGUUCUUCUCGACGUACAAUUCCAGUUAAACAGAGUUCCAUAUUGCGAAUGGCAUCAGGCAAUUGACAAAAUAGCAGACUUUAGAAUGAUUUUUCCUGACACGUAUGUCGAGCCGACGAUACCUUGGUCUCCCCAAAGACAAUGGAGUGGAUCCGUGGAUUCCAAACUCAAUCCAAAGCAGAAGGAAGCGGUGAUGGCCAUUACUACACCUCUGGAAGUGCAACUUCCACCUAUAUUAAUAAUUGGACCCUUCGGGACCGGUAAGACCUACACUCUGGCUCAGGGCAUAAAGGAAGUACUGAAACAGCCGGGUUCUAGGGUCUUAGUCUGCACUCAUUCCAACUCCGCAGCAGAUUUAUACAUCCGCGAAUAUCUUCAUCCGUAUGUCGAAGCAGGUCAUGAAGAGGCAAGACCAUUGAGGAUUUUCUAUCAUCGAAGAUGGGUGGCCACUGUCAACCAUAUAGUCCAAAAGUACGCAAUGAUCGAAACGAAUGAGCAAGGAAUGAGAGCUUUUAAAAUUCCUAAAGUUGAGGAUAUUUUGAAACAUCGGGUAAUUGUUGUUACUCUAAGUAUCUCAAUGCACCUAUCUACAAUGGGUCUUCGUAAAGGACAUUUCACUCAUAUUCUCCUCGAUGAAGCAGCACAAGCGAUGGAAUGCGAAGCAAUAAUGCCUUUAGCUCUAGCUAAUGAAAGUACACGAAUAGUAUUAGCUGGCGAUCAUAUGCAGCUUAGCCCUGAGUUGUUCUCGGAAUUUGCUAAGGAACGGAACUUGCACAUUUCUCUUCUCGAACGUCUUUACGAUCAUUAUCCAACUAAUUUCCCUUGUAAAAUACUCUUAUGUGAAAAUUAUAGGGCACAUGAAGCUAUUAUUCAGUUUACCUCAGAACUAUUCUAUGAGCAGAAAUUAGUGAGUAGUGGAAAGCAACCAAGGCACGAUCAUUUUUAUCCUUUAACAUUCUUCACGACACGAGGAGAAGAUGUUCAAGACCAAAAUUCUACUGCAUUCUACAAUAAUUCAGAAGUUUACGAAGUAGUAGAAAGAGUGUGCGAACUGAAAAAGAAGUGGCCCGUGACUUGGGGAAAACUCGAUGAACAGUCCAUCGGGAUAAUGACUCCAUACUCCGACCAGGUUUUUAGGAUAAGAUCCGAAUUGAGAAAACGAAGGUUGGGCGGCAUUUCUGUCGAAAGGGUCCUUAAUGUUCAAGGAAAGCAGUUCAGAGCAAUCUUUUUGAGUACUGUCCGAACAAGAAGAACUUGUGAUUCAAAAUCAGGCACUGAAAAUGACUAUGGAUUUCUCUCCAAUUCCAAGCUCCUUAAUACCGCUAUAACUAGAGCCCAAAGUCUGGUCGCAGUCGUUGGGGAUCCAGUAUCCCUGUGUACAAUCGGUCGAUGCAGAAAAGUAUGGGAGAGAUUUAUCCAAAUAUGCAGUGAAAAUGGUUCUUUGUACGGAAUCAAAUGGUCUUACUUGAGAUCCCAAUUGGACGGAGUCGAAUUGAAGAAAAUGUACACCCUGAAUCCACUAGCUCCAGAAUUCGUUCCUAGACAAUAUCGGGAGCCUAAAUACUUUGUGAAGCCGGUGUUGAAUGGUUUUCCGCCGCUGUUGAGGUUCCCGCAGCAGCAGCAGCAGCAGCAGCAGCCCUUUCUCCCGGCACCACAGAUCAUGCCCUAUCCAAUCCUCUACCCGGCAGUUCCAUUCUUCCCGAUCAGAACAGUCUAUCCUCCUCCCCCUCCUCCAAUCGUCUACCCUCCAAAUAUUGUCAUUAAGAACGAUACACAAGCAGUUCAGCCAUUGGUUGCAGUUCGUCCACCACCGCCUCUUUGCUCACCGAAUUUACAGCAACAGUUUGUUCGCCCAGUUAUUCAACAGCAAAUGCCCGUCGAAAGGAAGCCUGAGAAGAGAGAUAUUCAAUUCCUUCACAACGUACAUUUUCCUAAUAGCAUAAUUCAUUUGCUACCAAAAGAUAUUCCGUUGGAGGAGCUACUGGAGUCUCAGUCCAAACAGCUGCAGUGGUACAAUUAUCUUCUGAACACUGUAGGAUUUGAAGCCGCCACAAAAUUCGCUGAAUUUCUGGCACGAGCACCUCGGAAACAAGAUCCUGUGGUAGAACUGAAUUCCAGCUUCAACGAUCUCUACAUUCAGAAGCCAGUUCAACCACCGCCGAUGAAACGAAUUGAUCCUGUAUUCUCGCAGUCGAUUCAAGUGGCUCCUAUUCAAGAAGUUUGUAUCAGCCGCAGCUGGCUCGAGAAGCCGUCUCUUUUUCCGAACGGUUACGACAGCGAAGUCGUGAGCGAAGAGGUUACCCGCAACGGUAGCCUUCCUCUGUAUCAGAGACAGCCUGGAAUGUCGAGUACUUAUGCUGAAGCCGUCAAAUCGAAGCAGGCCGAAGAAGAAGUUAGGACCGAGAAACAGCAGCAGACCCUCUAUCAAUACUUCUGAUAAAUAUGCAUUUCUCUCUCCAGUAUUCCCCCUUCCCUCUUCCUAAUGCAUUAUUGUCUCAUGUUGGGAAUUUUGUUUAUAUUUAUAAAUAUAUAAUGGUAUAAAUAUAAAAAAAAUAUAUAUACUGUAUAGAUGAUAUAAAUAGCAUGUUGUACAUUAUUUAUCUUUGUACAUUUUUGAAAUUUAUAAAUUUUUAUUUGUAUAGUAAUUGUGUUCUGUGGUGUUAAGAGGAUAUAUUUAUAUUAUAUGUAAUCUACAUUGUAUAGACAUUGAGAGUAGUAUUUUAUUGUCUUUAUUUAUAUAAAUAUAUAUAUUGUGAUUAUUGUAAUUAAAAAAACAAAAAUAGUUUGAUUGAUGUGAUUUUUAUUUUAUUCAGAAAUAAUAUUAAAAAAAAAUACAUAAAAAGAUAAAAAAAUUAUAUUAAAAAAGCAAAAAAAAAAAGCAUACUUUACCUUUGCUAAAUCUGUGUUUCAUUUCUUUUUAAUCACACCUUUUCAACUGCUUGUCCAUCAUAACACAAUUGUAAAGGGAAGUGGAAAUGUGCAAUUUAUAGGAAUUCAACUAAAAGAUUUUGGCGAAUAAUUGUUUGUUACAUUUUUGUAAAAUCAAGUUUUUGACCUGAUAAAAUUAAAUUUAGAUUCCUCUACAUGUUCUUAACGUAAACUUAUUCAAAAACAAACAAGUGUCAUCUUUAUAUCAUUUAAAGUAGCAUGGGUCAUGAUUACCAAAACAUUAUCAGAUUACAUUUAUUGUUUCGUUUACUAUAAAUCUA